GAUUUGUAAACUAAUGCAACAUUUGCGUUCCUUGCAAGUAGUGAACGCGUUCGAAGUUGACGUCAUACUUCCUACGGUCUCCAAACAUGGUGCGACUUCAAAACAUUUGGAAGCUGCAGCCAGCAAACGUUUAUUCAACGCCCCCAUGAACAGCAACCCCACCUAAACAUCAUGCGCAUUAGCCACUGUCCCUUCGCUACGCCACGACGAUGAGUGGAUACCUGCACACGUUGCGCUACUUCUUCGGCCUGCCUUUAAACAUUGCUUGGAGAACCGCACUUGUGCAGAUACCUCGAUUCGUACCCCUGUCGAUUCUCCACGUCACUUCGCCCAAAGGACCGCAUCCCUUCCUCGUCAACCUGCCGAGUCGGAAAGGAAACGUCAUCACACUCUAUGUCUUCGUACCGCCUGCACCCGUCGACCUCGAGGAGAACGAGGACCGGCGGCGGGCAGAGACAGGGGAAUGGAGAGUUCCAGUCGUGCUGGACUUUCACGGCGGUGGCUUCAUCAUGGGCAGUCCGCUCGAGCAGGCACCUUAUGCCUCAAUGAUGUCGCGUGAGCUUGGAGCAGUCGUCAUCUCUGUCUCCUACCGUAUUGGACCUUUCCACCAGUUCCCCGCCGCUAUACACGACGCUGAAGACGCGCUCUCCGCGAUCCUGGACACAGAUGGCAUAACGGAUGCUGGCAAAUACCUCAGGACAGAAGUUCAACGAUAUUACACCAUCAUGCGUACGAACACGAUCAGCAGAAACAAAAAGAGGAAGAAGAAGGAAACGCUACCGCCUCACAUUGAGGAUGUUACGACUAUCACCCUUGAUCCAGAACGUCUGUGUGUUUCGGGCUUCUCGGCGGGAGGAAACAUUGCAUUAAAUAUGGCUGUAUCAGCUCCUCCAUGUAUGGAUAUUCUGCAGUCCCCCACCGAGCGUUCCAACUCGAUCUCGCGAGGACCGUCUUCCGCUGCGACCAUGUCACCACUUCUACCACGAAACCGCGCACCUACAAUACUCGAUAACCCGCUACAACCUUGGCCAACAAUCUUGCCUCCCCCACAAGCUCGACCUCGAUAUAUGCCUCUUCUGCUGUUCUACCCUUCGUUAGAUGCACGUCUAUUACCCCACGAGCGACCCAUGAAGGCCCUGCCAAAUGCGCUGAAGGGCGACGACAAGAAACCUGAGAAGCCGCGCAUGCCAGGUCUCUUCUCUAUUAUGGGACCGACCUACCUCCCUAAGAAACUGCGCCGACACCCACGAGCCAGCCCCGGCCUGAUCGACCCCGAGAACAUCCAAAAGAACGCCGCCAUCUUCCUUGUCCUCCCCGAAAAUGACACCCUCGCAGUCCAGAGCGAUGUCUGGGUAGACAAGAUGAACUGUAGCGGGUGGCACGGGCAUGUACGCUUUGGUGAUGGUCGAGAACACGACUGGGAUGGUGUUGUUGGCGGACAACCGUAUCCCAAGGUCGAUACCAACGGCGGCCUUGAGGUCUGGCAUGCUCCGAAGUGCAGGCACGGCUGGACGCAGUUCCCCGACAUAGCAGUUGGGAAACAUGAGAGGAAGGAAAGGCAGAUCGUUUUUGAACGAACCUUGCAGUUCGUGAAGGAUGCGUGGAGGAGGGAGUUGCCAAUUCCUGAGGAGCGGCUGGGGAACAACAACCAAGAGCUGAGACCGCUGAGGAUCCCUACUCAGUUUGGUGGUCUGCAGCAUUGAGAGAAAAGCUUGUACAUUACAUUGUUAUGUGAGGCGUUCGGAAAGUGGUACGGCGUUUGGCUGGAAG